UUUGGCCAUCCUGAGGCGCGCUGAACUAUAAAUAAUGUAGACCCGAGCAGAAAAGGCACAGUCACAACUCUACCUUCGAGGUGUUGAAUUGGAUCUGAGCAAAAUGAAAUUCCUGAUCGCUUUUGCCCUGGUGGCCGUGGCCAGCGCAGAUGUUUCUCAUCUGUUCUCGCACAGCAACAACCUGCAGGAGGAUGGAUACCACUAUGCCCCACCACGUGCUCCGGUCGUCAUCGACGUGCCCUAUGUGCCCCACGAGUCUGCCCCACCAGUAGUGGUCUACGAGGCCCCCAAGCCCAGGCCCACACCCCCUCGCCCCGUCUACACCCCUCCAGUGGUCAUCCACUCCGAGCCCGCUGGUGUCCUCAAGGACGAUGGUUACCACUAUGGCCAGCCCUCCGUGAAAUUCGAGGUCUCUGCUCCUCCACCACCAAAGGUUGAGUACCUGCCUCCUCCGACCAAGAAGGUGGUUAUCGCCCCUCCCCCAGUGUAUGUGCCACCCCCAACCAAGAAGGUUGUCUACACCCCACCCCCACCACCACCAACCAAGAAGGUCGUCGUCUACACCCCACCCCCACCACCACCACCGAAGAAGGUCGUGUACACCCCACCCCCAACUGGCAUCCUGAAGGACGAUGGCUACCACUACGGCCAGCCCUCCGUGAAAUUCGAGGUCUCUGCUCCUCCACCACCAAAGGUUGAGUACCUGCCUCCUCCGACCAAGAAGGUGAUUAUCGCUCCUCCCCCAGUGUAUGUGCCACCCCCAACCAAGAAGGUUGUCUACACCCCACCCCCACCACCACCAACCAAGAAGGUCGUCGUCUAUACCCCACCCCCACCACCACCACCGAAGAAGGUCGUGUACACCCCACCCCCAACUGGCAUCCUGAAGGACGAUGGCUACCACUACGGCCAGCCCUCCGUGAAAUUCGAGGUGUCCGCUCCUGCCCCACCGAAGGUUGAGUACCUGCCACCCCCACCCACGAAGAAGGUGUACGUCGCUCCCCCAGUCUACGUGCCACCACCCACCAAGAAGGUUGUUGUGUACACCCCACCUCCACCACCACCACCAGUGUACAUCCCUCCCCCAACCAAGAAGGUAGUUGUCUACACCCCACCCCCACCACCACCACCGACCAAGAAGGUGUACGUGACCCCCAAGGUCGAGUACCUGCCCCCCGUCCAGAAGGGAUACAGCUACCCCAACGACCCCCAGCCCGCGUUCAACUUCUAGGCUCUCGAAGCUCGUUGUAAAUACACAGAUUAAGUAUUAGCCAUAUUUUUGAACGAAUUGUGAAUGAGUGGCUUAGCCUUUCCCUAUCGCAGGAAAGCCGAGUCCACUUGAUAUAACCGUAAAAAUAAAAGUCAUUCGAUUUUAA